AUGGAGCAAAGGCAAAGCUUCGAGGCAGCGCCUCGCCGCGCCGUCGGGGCUUGGAUGAGAUGGUCCUCCAGAAACGGUCAGGUGGGGAUGAGCCGCUCAAGCGUCCAAUCCGCACUGCCCCCGCCGGUCAACCGCGACAUGGACUCGAGCGCUUCACCGCCUCGUUGUUCACCGCCCCUCGCAAGGUUCCAGGCUGAAGUGCGAUGGAAUCAACAGAGAUCGAAUGCCACUACCAACCGACGGAAGCUCGCCGGGCGUCUUCUCGACGGUCAUCCAAACAAGACUCGAAGUGCGUGGCUGAGCCGCAGACCGAGCCCCGACCGCGUGUGUGACGAGGAUGAUGAAGGCUCGGAGCCGUUGCGAAGCAGCCAACCCACGACGCCUCGUCCCAGCCUUUCAGAGCAGGCGGAAGCUCCGCUCAGCGACAAUGGUUCCCACUGUAACGUGGGAAAAAAAGGCAAAACGAGGCAAAAUGAGGCCGUCCGUGCGGCGCCGUCCAGGGCAGCACUGCCCUUGCCCCUGUGA